UAGACUGAUUCCACAAAAGCUAACUCACUUCUUCGCUAGCUUCCCGGACUCGUAUGAGUUCCCCGCUCUCCCCGAUUGGCUUCUCCGACGGCCUAUGGGGAGUGUAUGGUGCGUGCCCAAGUCGCCACAACUGCAACAUCGGCACGGCAGUGCGAGAAAUACUGGCCGACGUAACCGCAUCGAACCUGAAUCAAAUACCCAGUUUCUUCCGCGAAACCGAUCCAGCAGCAAAAAACGAACUGAUAAAGUAGCCGAUUUAACCUACAAAAAUACGUGGUCGUCUUUCUUAAAGACCUCGAAAUCAGACCAAGUCACGUUCUUCCCCAUCAAAGCUCCGCCAUCCAUGGUUGAACCAGUCAACGGAAGGCCAAGCGUUCGUUUCAAUCAGCGCCGGAGCUGGGAUGAUACAGCCGUGCUCGAUCGCCCGCUUUCUACCGAGAACCGACACCGUAAGCCCCUGAGUUCCAGUCCUGUCCGUCGCCGUCCGUCUUCCAUGCGGACUGACUCUAGAAAAUAUUCCAAACUUGAAUCAAAAGCGUUGAGAGAAGCUUGGCUCAAUGAAAAUGUCUUCCCACAAUUUGCAGGCAGCAUUUACUCGGCUAGUAGCGCAGCUCUAAUGGCUUCAAGCGCGGAAGAACCACCAGCAGCCGUGCGCCAUUGUAAGAACUCGGCGUAUACCUUGCGGGAAUAUCUUCGACCAUGCCCUGCCAUCCCUCCGUACAGGCCGGAAAGACGAAAAGUCGACUCUGUGGAGGCAAACGUCUCGUCUGGAACCACGGAUAGUUUUUUCACACCUGGCUCGAUGGAGAUGAGUGGGACGUCUACUUUGGCCACGACUUCGGGUUCAGUAAACGUCAAUGCUACUUCGUCGCCCACAAGUUCCUUUGAUUCAAUGCAAGCCCGCUAUUCAACGCGACCGACCGUACACUCACCUCCGAUUCGGUAUCAGAGCUCUCGUUUUCAGGACGAUAGUUUGGAAACCGCUGAAACGAGCCAAUCAGUGGAAGUACAGGUUUCAUCAACUUUGACUACUCGCAGCAGCAGCACUUCUAUGCAGCCCCACAUGUCCAGCGACAGUUCCAUGGGUUAUCCGCCACUUUUCGCCAACAACAAUGCAGCCUCAACAAUGGCGCGUGACGUCCUUAUCAGGGAAAGAGCCAUCUCGUCUGCUAAUAGUCGCAAGUCUUGCCUGAAAGAAGCCAAUACUAGGAAAUCUCGUUCAACCACGUUCAAAGACCCCUCCCGGUUGGAAUGGACAAAACGUUAUCUAUACACGCUUGCCCCCACAACCAACCGAAACAGUUAUCGCCACGAUCGGAGUUCAUCCAUGUCACGCGUCUCCUCAUCCGAUAUGCGCGAUUUCCAAGUUUACACCGUCCAGCAGCGGCCGUGGCAGUCCAAUCCGGAUCUGAGGAUGCAGAAGUGGAAACCUAAUGCUCUUACGAAAACCAACCUUGGAUUUAACUCUUCCUCCGCCGACGAUUCCCUUGAUGUCCUAGAUUUGCUGAAACAAAAAAAGCAAUUUUUGAAACAAUUGCUCGGAGAGAAGAAGGACGAUGAAGAUUCAUACAGAUCAUUGAAACGUGAAGCACGUUCGCUGGCCUUGUUACAAAGCGCGACUUUACCCCGUUGUCUGUCUGCCGGUCGCAGUCGUAGCUCAGAGAAUUCUGGUCAAUAUUCGACUGGCUACGGCUCAGACGAUCUGGCGAAAUGGAAAGCGAACAGUUGUAACAGCGGUCGCAGCAUCAAAAAAAUAAUACCUGAUUAUAAAAAAUCACAUGAAAUGCUGGCCCGUGAGCUUGAUUUUAGGAAGAAACAAAAUCUGACCACAACAGCUCGACCAUUUAUCUUCUCUACCGACAAUCUCGUGCCGACAGAAAAAUUUUCCUUGGGGUCCGAAGCAGCUCAUUGUAACGAGAAGCGUUCGUCGUUUUCCGCUCGUCAAACGCCUCGCAAUAAACUAGCGCCAUCUUCGGCUAGAUUACGUUCACCUGAUAAACAACAAAGAUCCUGCGUAAAGUUUGAUGCCCUCCAGUCCUUCAAUUCACCUUUGCAACCUGCAAGUGGCGAAAAUAAGGCUUCGGUUCUUCGGCGAAGAUUAACAAAGAAAAAAUGUGAAGAACAGCUAGCGAAUAGCUGGCAACAACAAGAGCGAGAACGUGAGCGGAGAUCUCGUUUGCGUGCCAUUCGUCUUGAUCCUGCUUGGACAAAUGUCCGUGGAGGUGAUCAGGCGCUGGAAGACAUAGCACACAGGCGCUGCUAUAAAGAGGUGGUGGAACGCGAGAGACUUUUACAGUACUACAUGGAUAAAGAAGAGAUGCUGAAUCGAGUAUGGCAGAUGCCUCCUUUGUUUGAGAGACAAGCAAUGGAUAAGAAAGAGAUUCAUCCAAGUGGACUUCAAGUGUAUCCUGAUAGAACAUCUGCCACAACAUCAAACAUGUCGUUCAACCCCACAAGCAACAGAUCUUCGAGUGGGGUUAGGAAAAAGACCACGUUCCGAAAUAGUCCGAAAACCGAAGAAAGUUUGGACUGUUAUAUGGCCAGUGAAUCACUUCAGCUUUCUCGGCCAAGUACAGCAAAGAGUAGCAGCGAUAGGUUUAAAGCACAGCCACGCUUAUAAGAGAAAUUAAGCUUUUUUUUUAUGGGAUCCUUAAGUAUCGCUUAACAGCCUUUAUAUACGUAGCCAACUGGAACCCUUUGGUUGCAGUGGAUAUUUCACUAAAGCACAUUAUUGACAUUUUGCUACUCCAUUUUGU